UGUUACAGGUUCAGGAGAAGUCUACGGGCUUAUGUAAUAUGAUUCACAAAAGAGGACUUGAAAAACUAAACCGAAUAUUACUUUACAUACUGCACUGUAAAUUUUAAUCAAGCAAUGACUGUGAUGGGAAGUUAGAUGUAGAAGUGACGUAUCGAUGGGAGCCGCAUGGAGUCGCGCGCGCAGAUGAGUCCGCUGCCCACCAAGCACCAGCGGCCCGAGGCUACCUACAGGAGCUGCUCCCAGUCACUGCCUCUUGACAUUCUAUGGUUGCCUCGUUCCUCGUUCCGGCCGGCAGAGGGCGAGUUGGCGGACUGCGUGCUGGUGGUGGGAGUGUCGCGGCCGAAGCUCGCCGCGGCCCUCCUAUCCGUCACGCUGCUGUCACUCUUCCUCACCUUCCACGUGCUCUAUGACAGCGCACUCUAUAGCAUACAGGCGGCCAGCAUGGCGUCUGCGGCGAAUGAGAACCGCAAGCUGCUGCAGAACCAGGAAGCGAACAGCAGGACCAUCAACCAUCCCAUGGCGCUGCGCAAGCGACUGCGCCCGCCANGACCGCCGCGCCAGCCCCGGCCCGCGAGGAGACUCCCGCAGGCUUUGAUCAUCGGAGUACGGAAGUGCGGAACCAGGGCGCUGCUAGAGAUGUUAUACCUCCAUCCCAUGGUGCAGAAGGCAUCAGGGGAAGUCCACUUCUUCGACAGAGAUGAGAACUACGCACUGGGCCUGGAGUGGUAUAGGAGCAAAAUGCCGAUGUCUUUCAAGGGGCAGAUCACGAUAGAGAAGAGUCCUAGCUACUUCGUUACACCUGAAGUCCCCGAGCGAGUUCGAGCCAUGAACUCGUCAGUGCGUCUGCUCCUCAUAGUCCGGGAGCCGGUGACGCGAGCCAUCUCGGACUACACUCAACUCAGGAGCCGCGCCACACCGUCGGCGCCCGCGCACCCGCUGCUGCCCGGCCAUCCCGUGCCCGACGCGGCCAAGCCGUUCGAACAUCUAGCUAUCUCGCCCGACGGAUCUAUCAAUGUUGCUUACAGACCAAUAGCGAUAUCCCUGUACCACGCGUACCUCCACCGAUGGCUCGAGGUUUUUCCCCGAGAACAGAUUCUGGUGGUGAAUGGAGACCUGCUCAUCGAAGACCCUGUACCGCAGCUGCGACGCAUCGAGAAGUUCUUGGGCCUGGAACACAAAAUUGGAAGAAAAAACUUCUACUUCAACGAAACGAAAGGGUUCUACUGCUUGCGUAACGACACCACGGACAAAUGCCUCCGUGAAACCAAAGGACGGAAGCACCCACGCGUAGACCCAGCGGUGGUCACCAAACUCCGCAAGUUCUUUAUCCAGCACAACCAAAGGUUCUACGACCUAGUAGGAGAAGACCUCGGCUGGCCAGAGGACUGAAUAUAAAACAAACGAUUAAAGACCCAGAAGCAAAGCGAAUAAAAUCCAUUUCGAAUUUAACAACUUGACUACUUCUUUUUAAUUUCAUGCCGAAGGCAAUGCAACUUCGUAUUUAUGGCCAGUACUCUGCAACAAAGAUCGCAUUUUAUUAUUGAUUCUCACAAAAACAAAUGAACAAUCGAAUUUAAAUUUUAAAAUAGGAACACAGAUUUAAACCUGGCAUAAAUUGGAUUAAAUCGUUCGCUAAGCAUCUAGGUAUUUGAAUUCGUUGGUAAUGCCGCAUUUUACGCAUCCCAGGUGCAUGCACCAUGUUGUGAUCUAAUACAUAUCAAAGUAAUUUACACAUAUCAAUAAAACAUAUCGUAGCUAGUAAGUUUUUUAAAUCGUUUAUGUAUACAUGUAGCAUAUACUUAGUAUAGGGCAUCUGGAAUAAAUUUAUUUAUAGCUAAUUCAUCGUACUCAAGUAGGAAUUGUUUUCGAUAUUAAAACAUUACAUUGCGUUGUAUAAAGCGUUACACUUUAUUUAGGUUGCCUACCUGUGUGAAAGAAAAGAGGGAACAACUGAAAAUUUAUGAAAGAUAAAGAUUUAGAAAUUUGUAUAAUGGUAGGCAAAGAUUAUUGUUGUUUUCGAGUUAUCAUGAUAGUGUUUUUCACUGGCAUUAUUGCACUGAUUUGUAAGACCGACCCACUGGAACCCUGAGCAAUAUAUUUUUAUAUAUAUAAUUAAGUAUUGUGUGCAACCUUUAUAUUUAUACAACGUUUAUUAUACAGAUUUAAUAUUUUAACUGUUUGUGAUGAUAAUUUCUUUUAAUAGGAUAAAUUAUUUUAUAUUAGAUAUAGGUGUUCAGAUAUAAGUGUAUAAUGUAAUAAUAAUAUAAAAGAUGAAUGAAUGUUGUAAAUUUUUCGCUUUCUCUUUUUAGAUGUCGUGUUUUGGUCAGUGUGUCUUUCAUGUGUUUACGUUGUUAGUGGACGUGGUUUUCCCAUAAUACCUUAGGUAUAACCCAUACUUUCAAGAUACAAAAUUGAAAAUUUAAGAUAGCUUUUAAUCGUUAAAAAAUCUUAUUUACAUUAGAUCCAAAACGUGAAAUAACACUAUCGUCUAAAAUCUAAAUGUAUAUGACUAUCCAAAUUCUAUGAAGUUUUAAUUUGAUGUGUGUGAUGAUACCUAUUAAUGCUGAUUCUACUGAAAAUAAUAAGUUUAAACUACGGAGAGAUAUUAAUAUAAAUUCGACGCGGGUUUUAGAAGUAUUCUAUUUAAGUAACGUAACGUCCAAGACUGAAGAGUUAGUUGAAUAAGUCUAAGUAAUACCUAUUUAGCAUAAAAUGUCCAUAGGUAAUACGUAAGACAGAGGCCGCCACGCUUGCCCAGCCAGGCUGGGAUGCGCGCCGCGAUAUACUUUAUCGACGUCAAAAUGUUGGCAUAAUCGAUAAAAUGGCGUGAUAACCGCUUAUCGUAGCGCGCAUCCUAGGCCUACAGGACUCGACACCUUAACUUGGCACGACCCGGUAAAGGUGACCGUUCACUCUGUCGAAACUCGCGAAUGUUCGCUCUGCCUUCAUAAGUCAACAUAAAGUACGUUCAUUCUGCUCUGAUAUACCUAAAUCACAUCUGAAAUGUUGAUUACUUAACA